AUCAGCGUCCCGCCGCCCUCCUUUUAGCGCCAGGUCGGGGUCCCCGCGGGGCAGAGCGCCGCUGCCCAGCCCAGCAUCGCCCUCGCUCCGUCCGCAGCCGCUUGUCUCCCAGUGCCGCAGCCAUGGCAAACAAAGGGCCAGCCUAUGGCAUGAGCAGGGACGUGCAGUCCAAGAUCGAGAAGAAGUACGAUGACGAGCUGGAGGAGCGGCUGGUGGAGUGGAUCGUGGCGCAGUGCGGGGCUGCCGUGGGACGCCCUGAGCGGGGCCGCCUGGGCUUCCAGGUCUGGCUGAAGAACGGCAUCGUGCUCAGCAGGCUGGUGAACAGCCUCUACCCCGACGGCUCCAAGCCCGUCAAGAUCCCCGACGCGCCGCCCACCAUGGUGUUCAAGCAGAUGGAACAGAUUGCCCAGUUCCUGAAGGCGGCCGAGGACUACGGGGUGGUCAAGACAGACAUAUUCCAGACCGUGGACCUGUUUGAAGCCAAGGACAUGGCAGCGGUGCAGAGGACGCUGAUGGCCCUGGGGAGCCUGGCAGUGACCAAGAACGACGGGAACUACCACGGUGACCCCAACUGGUUCAUGAAGAAAGCGCAGGAGCACAAGCGGGAGUUCACCGAGAGCCAGCUGAAGGAGGGCAAGAACAUCAUCGGGCUACAGAUGGGCACCAACAAGGGCGCGUCACAGGCGGGGAUGAGCUACGGCCGGCCCCGGCAGAUCAUCAGCUAGGCACCGCCGCCAGCCCUCCCCAGCCGGGACCUCGGUCCGCGCUCCCCGGCCCAGCGCCGCCGCCCAUCCUUCGGUAUUUAUUGAGGAGCAUCCGCCCGCCAGCGCACGCCCGCAGCGCCGUGCCCCGGGCAGCCCCUGCCCCCGGGCAGCCCCUGCCCCGGCCUCGCACCCCCUUCGCCAGCCGGUCCUGCCCCCGCCGGCACCCCCGGGCGGGACCCCGGCCCCGGGACACCGGCCCGCCCGCCGCCCGCACCGCCCCGCCGCCGCCGCAGAGAUCCCUGCCUCGGGGAGGAGAGGGAACCCAAUGGGCCUCGGUUUUGUACUUGGUUUUUGUCAAAAUUAAAAGGUUAUAUUCAUCUA